UGCGUAAGUAGGGCCUGAGGAGAGAGGCAGCCCAGGGACCCAUCAAGAUGUCCUUUCCAGUCCAGGGGAUAUCUGCUCCCUUGUUGCCUCGGCCACCCUGCCCUCCAGCCUCCCCCUCAACCUGUCCGGGAGAAGACUCCCAUGCCCUCUUGUCACCCCAGGAACACCUUCAAGAGGGGUCUUUGUGACCUGACCUGUAUAUUGUGAAAUCAGUCCUACCAACCUCCUGUCUCAUUCUGUGACUAAGAAUGCAUGCCUGCCCUCCUGGGAAUGCAGCGCAGCAGGUCUCAGCCUCAUCUUACCCAGCCCCCACUCAAGAUGGAGGUGCCUGGUUUGAACACCUCUGACAAAUGGAAGUCUGUGUUGUCCAGAGGCAAUGCAGUGGGGGCUUAAGAAGAUAGCUCUGGACUUAGACCGCUUGGCUUCAAAUCAAAGAGUGCAUGAACCAACCAGCUGGCCUAGUGAUGAUCUUGGGCAAGUGACUUCUCAGUUUCUUCAUCUGCAAACUGGGAAAUUUCCUAUCUCAGGGUUAAAAGAGAGGUAAUCUUAGGUGCUUACCUAGCACAUGGUAAGUACUCAAUAAGCACUAGCCAUUAUUCCUAUUAUAUUAUUAUUGUUGUUAUGUCCUCGAUUUCCCCUUUCCUAACUACUUCCAACAAGGCUAGGACCAUUGUCAGAAGAUCUCCUGGCUCCUUUCACCAUUCCAACACAAUACUUAUCACAUACUUCAUUUUGUUUUAUUUGUGAUCUAUCAGCCUCCCUGUUAGGAUUUGAACCUUAGAGACAGAGUUGUCUAUCUUGUUCACCAAUUUAUCCUCAGCAGUAGCACUGGGCUUGGUACAUGGUAGGUGUUAAAAAGUAUUUGUUGAAUAAAUAAAUGAGUUGGUUGCUCCCUGAACCUCUGCAGGGACCUGCUCAGUUUUGGCCUCAGUUUGGGCAGGGCCAGUUGUAUGGCUCAUGAAGGGCAGGACUACUUUCUUUUUGCAAAUGGCUGAUUCAGGAUUUAAACCCAGGUCUGUCUACUGCCAGAGCCCAUGCACAUAGUCCUUGAAUCUCUUUAGAAGGAAACAGGAGGAAAAAAGUCCCCAAGUCACCAGCUGCAAGGUAGAUAAAUGAGUUGACAGAGGUAAAGGAAGGAUGUUGGAGUAUCACGUUUCCUAGCACAGGCUCUGGAGCCAGAUUGCUUUGUCCCAAAUCCAAAUCUACCAUUUGUGAACUGUGUGAUCGUAAGCAAGUUUCUUAACCUCUCUGUGCUUCAGUUUCCUCCUCUGUAUAAUAGGGUUAGUAUAUCUACAUUAUAGAGUUUUGAGCGUUAGAUGAGUUAACAUAUUCUGACUUUAGUGCCUGGACAUAUAGUCAGCAUCCAGCACCAACUAGUGGUAGCCAUGCUCUCUGUAGCUGUACGUCCUGUUGCUCAGCUAAUGGGUGACAGUGCUGGUUUGGGAACCCAGUAGUCCACUCAGUGCUCUGGGACCCCCGGCUUAUAUCCUGUCUGGACUGGGUUGGGCGGCUGAUUGCUACAGCCUGCUUUGGUCAAUACUGUGCCAUCCUAAUGUGGCUGCUUGCCUUGGGGGUGUGCAUUUCUUUCAGCAAUACCUGAACACCUUCUAUGGCUGCCCCAAGGAGAGCUGCAACCUGUUUGUGCUGAAGGACACACUAAAGAAGAUGCAGAAGUUCUUUGGACUGCCCCAGACAGGUGAUCUUGACCAGAAUACCAUCGAGACCAUGCGAAAGCCACGCUGCGGCAACCCAGAUGUGGCCAACUACAACUUCUUCCCUCGCAAGCCCAAGUGGGACAAGAACCAGAUCACAUACAGGAUCAUUGGCUACACGCCUGAUCUGGACCCAGAGACGGUGGAUGAUGCCUUUGCUCGUGCCUUCCAAGUCUGGAGUGAUGUGACCCCACUGCGGUUUUCUCGAAUCCAUGAUGGAGAGGCAGACAUCAUGAUCAACUUUGGCCGCUGGGAGCAUGGCGAUGGAUACCCCUUUGAUGGUAAGGACGGACUCCUGGCUCAUGCCUUCGCCCCAGGCACUGGUGUUGGGGGAGACUCCCACUUUGAUGAUGAUGAGCUAUGGACCUUGGGAGAAGGCCAAGUGGUCCGUGUGAAGUACGGGAACGCCGAUGGGGAGUACUGCAAGUUCCCCUUCUUGUUCAAUGGCAAGGAGUACAACAGCUGCACUGACACCGGCCGCAGUGAUGGCUUCCUCUGGUGCUCCACCACCUACAACUUUGAGAAGGAUGGCAAGUACGGCUUCUGUCCCCACGAAGCCCUGUUCACCAUGGGCGGCAACGCUGAAGGACAGCCCUGCAAGUUCCCAUUCCGCUUCCAGGGCACAUCCUAUGACAGCUGCACCACUGAGGGCCGCACGGAUGGCUACCGCUGGUGCGGCACCACUGAGGACUAUGACCGCGACAAGAAGUAUGGCUUCUGCCCUGAGACCGCCAUGUCCACUGUUGGUGGGAACUCAGAAGGUGCCCCCUGUGUCUUCCCCUUCACUUUCCUGGGCAACAAAUAUGAGAGCUGCACCAGCGCCGGCCGCAGUGAUGGAAAGAUGUGGUGUGCAACCACAGCCAACUACGAUGACGACCGCAAGUGGGGCUUCUGCCCUGACCAAGGGUACAGCCUGUUCCUCGUGGCAGCCCACGAGUUUGGCCACGCCAUGGGGCUGGAGCACUCCCAGGACCCUGGGGCCCUGAUGGCGCCCAUUUACACCUACACCAAGAACUUCCGUCUGUCCCAGGAUGACAUCAAGGGCAUUCAAGAGCUCUAUGGGGCCUCUCCUGACAUUGACCUUGGCACCGGCCCCACCCCCACGCUGGGCCCUGUCACUCCUGAGAUCUGCAAACAGGACAUUGUCUUUGAUGGCAUUGCUCAGAUCCGUGGUGAGAUCUUCUUCUUCAAGGACCGGUUCAUUUGGCGGACUGUGACGCCACGUGACAAGCCCAUGGGGCCCCUGCUGGUGGCCACAUUCUGGCCUGAGCUCCCAGAAAAGAUUGAUGCGGUAUACGAGGCCCCACAGGAAGAGAAGGCUGUGUUCUUUGCAGGGAAUGAAUACUGGAUCUACUCAGCCAGCACCCUGGAGCGAGGGUACCCCAAGCCACUGACCAGCCUGGGACUGCCCCCUGAUGUCCAGCGAGUGGAUGCCGCCUUUAACUGGAGCAAAAACAAGAAGACAUACAUCUUUGCUGGAGACAAAUUCUGGAGAUACAAUGAGGUGAAGAAGAAAAUGGAUCCUGGCUUCCCCAAGCUCAUCGCAGAUGCCUGGAAUGCCAUCCCCGAUAACCUGGAUGCUGUCGUGGACCUGCAGGGCAGCGGUCACAGCUACUUCUUCAAGGGUGCCUAUUACCUGAAGCUGGAGAACCAAAGUCUGAAGAGCGUGAAGUUUGGAAGCAUCAAAUCCGACUGGCUAGGCUGCUGAGCUGGCCCUGGCUCCCACAGGCCCUUCCUCUCCACUGCCUUCCAUACACCGGGCCUGGAGCACUAGAGAAGGACCCAGAGGGGCCUGGCAGCCGUGCCUUCAGCUCUACAGCUAAUCAGCAUUCUCACUCCUACCUGGUAAUUUAAGAUUCCAGAGAGUGGCUCCUCCCGGUGCCCAAGAAUAGAUAGAUGCUGACCGUACUCCUCCCAGGCACCCCUUCCCCCUCCAAUCUCACCAACCCUCAGAGCCACCCCUAAAGAGAUACUUUGAUAUUUUCAAUGCAGCCCUGCUUUGGGCUGCCCUGGUGCUGCCACACUUCAGACUCUUCUCCCUUCACAACCUUCUGUGGCUCACAGCACCCUUGGAGCCAAUGGAGACUGUCUCAAGAGGGCACUGGUGGCCCAACAGCCUGGCAUAGGGCAGUGGGAUAGGGGCAUGGCCAGGUGGCCACUCCAAACCCCUGGCUUUUCACUGCUGGCUGCCUUAGAACCUUUCUUACAUUAGCAGUUUGCUUUGUAUGCACUUUGUUUUUUUCUUUGGGUCUUGUUUUUUUUUUUUCCACUUAGAAAUUGCAUUUCCUGACAGAAGGACUCAGGUUGUCUGAAGUCACUGCACAGUGCAUCUCAGCCCACAUAGUGAUGGUUCCCCUGUUCACUCUGUUUAGCAUGUCCCUACCGAGUCUCUUCUCCACUGGAUGGAGGAAAACCAAGCCGUGGCUUCCCGCUCAGCCCUCCCUGCCCCUCCCUUCAACCGUUCCCCAUGGGAAAUGUCAACAAGUAUGAAUAAAGACACCUGUUGAGUGGC